GAAUAUUUGGUUUUGCAUUCUCUUCUUGAGCUACCUGGGCCCUCCCUGUGGAGCCCCAGCUCUUUCAGUGGGUGGCUUUAGAUUGGCGGGGGAAAGCAAGGACCUGAGAACACCAUGCCUGGCACCCGCCCUCAGAGUCACCCCUGUGCUGAGGAGACACAAACCCCACCUCGCUCUUUGCACGCUGCUCGCACGGACACCGCCAUUCCGGAGGCGAAGGCCACAUUUGGAAGCACUGAAGAAAAUCAGCCUUGCAGGCCCCAGCGCGGCUCAGCUGUGCUCGAGGUGAGCCGUGCGGCCUGGCCCCGCCCCGCCGCCGAUAAAGUGCGCCCGCGGAUAAAGGGCAUCGGUGGAUGAAGGGCAGCCACGCAGCGCCGGCCCCAUGGAGGGGCCGCCCUACCUGGAGUUCUACCUGGACCAGUGCGCCGCCCAGGAUGACUGUGUUCCAGCCUUGUCUCCUCUGUUCAGCCCAAUUGUUCCUUAUGACGUCUACACACCUAACCCAUCCAGCCCAGAUACUACGUCGGAGUCACAUCUUGAAGUCAAAGACAUACCCAGUGAUUUCUCGUCUGUGGAUCUUAGCUUCCUACCAGAUGAACUUACUCAAGAAAAUAGAGACCAGACUGCUGUCAGAAGCCAGCAUGAAAUUGAAGAAAAUCGCAACACUCAAAGUCAUCAAAAUAAGUUGCCAUUACCUAGUGAACAGGAUGAUGAGCUGGGCUUACACAGCAGCAUUUUAUCAAAUUCCUGUGCACAUCUGCACCCUGGUGCUGCUGACUCAGCCCAGCCCUCAGCUGAGAAACCGAGCCCCGAUGCCUUGCCUCUGGUGGCCAUGACUCCCAUGACUCCAGUGACCCCAGCCUUGGAACGCUCAGGCAUUGUGCCUCAACUCCAGAACAUAGUUUCCACUGUAAACCUGGCCUGUAAAUUAGAUCUGAAGAAAAUCGCCUUGCAUGCCAAAAAUGCAGAAUAUAAUCCAAAGAGGUUCGCUGCUGUCAUCAUGAGGAUCCGAGAACCCAGGACGACAGCUCUCAUCUUCAGCUCUGGGAAGAUGGUCUGCACGGGAGCCAAAAGUGUCCUAAGAUUUAGUUUGAAGAUCAGAUCAGAUGAAAUUCUUCUGCCCCCCAAGCCAUCAUUUUCCUGGCCCAGUGGAUCUUCCAGGCCCUCUACUAGUGCUGCCAAGUGGACAGCAAGAGGAAGUCUUGGUGGGCUUCCUCACUAAGGCUGAGUGCUGGCACAGAAAGCACAGGAAUGUAGGCUCCACCUACAUUAGACCCCCGUAUCCUUCAGAAGGUCACCUCACAACAUUGUGGAUGCACACAGGCUUUAUUCAUUGCAGAACCAAAUAGAGAUCUCCCACGUCAUUUGGAUUCACCCUUUCAGUGCAAAGAUUCAUGUGCAUUAUCAUUUUCCAUCUCUCAGAUUUCUUUUCUUCUCUCUGUUCUAUUAGCCAUUGUUUGAGACUAACUUUAUUUUGUUAGCCUUCUUUCACCUCCUGGGUUCAUUUUGGGAGGCUCUGGCACCAUUUUUAGGAAUUUGUCCUCUUUCCUGAGUGGGGGUAUGGAGAACUAGUUUUUUAGCUCCAUCAUCCUUUGCUCCAUGGAGAAGCCAGCUUACAUUUAAGCGUGGACAUAAAUAAAUUACUAUUUAGAGGAACAAGUUCUAAAUUUUACAAUCUUGCAAUAGUUUGUCUUUCUUUGUACAAGGUGUGAUAAAAACUAUGGUGAAUGUUUUAAUUAAAAAUAAAAAAAUUAUUAUACUGAAAGACACAUUGCCAUUCAUCUUCCUCAGAAUUCUCCUCCACAUGUUGAACAUACUUAUGCCAUCUUUCUUAUCACUUUCUAAAGAGUUCUGGAAAUCCUCUUUCAUAAGUGUCUUUUUGUGGUUGCUCUGAUAUUCCGAAUCAAUGCAAAACGUUUACAGCAAUUUCUGUCAAAUAAAAAUAUCUGACCCUGUGCAGCUUCUGGCUCUGCCCUAAAAUGAAUAUGAUUGUGAAGGAUAAAUGCUUUACAUUGACUGAGGACACCCAAUGAUAAAUGUAAAUGUAUACCUAAAAUGUACCAAUACAAGAAUGUAAGCAAAAUAAAAAAUGGACUGAGGACAUUGACUCAGCCACAACAGCACAACUAAAGACAUCCUGAAAGGGGAUUUCCCAAACUGCUUCAGAAAGAGACAAGAAUAAUGAGUUAAGUAUAUUUGAAGCUAAGGAGAGUAUUUACACAGGGAUUAAUGACAGUGUGUCUUUCAACUAUAAUACAAAAUUUUUAAAGUUUUAUACAUUAUACAUAUAUAAUGUUUAUAUACAUAUACAUUUUAUACAUAACCGUAUUUUUCAAUCAUACCUCAUAUAGCAAACAUUCAAAAACAAAUGGCUGUGGUCUAGAAAUUCUUUUCAGGUUCUAUCUGCUAAAAAUGUUUAAGAACUUAUAAAUGCUUACAAAAUAUAUUUAUUAUUGGGAAAUGGUAAAAUCUCAGAAAAACCUGUUUACAUUGGCAGGCUUUUGAUUGAAGAUAGAGAACAUUAAACCAACAAUAUCAUGAUAUAUUAACUCUGAUAAGAUAACCUCAGCUCCUAAUAGCCUCAGGUGGCUUAUAAAUGAAAAAUAAUAUAACCAAAAAUUCUGUUCUUGACUUCCAUACUGUCUGCACUCAGGGCUGGGAAUGUAGCUUGAGGAAGAAUGUGUGUGAGGCUCUGGGUUUCAUGCCAAGCAACAAGUGAAAAAUAAAAAUAUCUACACUCAGCACUAUUUUUUUUUAUCAAGAUAGCUAAAAGGGUUUUGGUAACACAGUACUUAUUUACAACCACUAUGAUAUGCAGUUAUAAUAUACUGGGUCUUGAAUGUUUUGGAAAUAUAGAUGAAUAGUGCUAUUUUUAACUUUUUCUUUUUCUGUCUUAAUAGUUAUGAACCUGAACUGUUUCCUGGCCUUAUUUAUAGAAUGGUAAAACCACGAAUUGUGUUGCUUAUCUUUGUAUCUGGAAAAGUUGUGUUGACAGGUAAGUUCUAAAGAUUUUUUUCUGACUUUCAUAAAAUUUAAUAGCUAUGAGCUAUUUUCCUUUUUUUCUUUUUUGGUACCAGGGAUUGAACUUGGGACCUUUCACCUUCAAGGCAGGUGAUAGAACUGCUGAGCUAAAUCCCAGGCCCCUGCUUUUCCUUUUAAAUAGCAUUGUUCACCAUUAUGUAGUAACAUUCUGGAAAAUUGAAAAUCCCAAUUUCUGAAACAUUUUAUGUCACUUUCAUACACACACACCUUACAUCCUGCCUUUUUAUCAACCACUAUAAAUAACACAUACAACCUGAUUGUUAAGACUUUCAAAUGAAGGCUUUCUGUGGCUGUACAGUGUUCAAAGAGGUCUGCAGACAUUUUCUGUGGGUCACAGGGUCUCUGCUGGACUACUGACCUGCACCUCUGCAGAGCAGGGACAGUCAUGGAUCUCACAUGAAGGAGUGGGCUCUGAAGUGUGAAUUCUUAUGUGUGUCACAUAAUAGUGGUCUUUUUUUUAAUCUCCUUUCCCCACCACUUAAAAAUAUAAAAAUAUUCUUGGCUUAAAGGUUAACAAAAAGUCAGCAGGCUGACUCUGGUCAGCAGGACUACAUUUUCUGACCUCUGUUCUACAGAGGUCAUGGAAUCAAACUUAGUCUCCUUUGUCUGAUUCUUGAAUAGUCUCUCUUUGUUUGCUUCUUAUAAAUAGCAUAAACAUUUGGUUAUUUUUACAUGUGGAGAAUUAUUUUCUUAGUUUGCAUGCUCAGAAAUGGAACUUGUGUUUAAAGACAUGACCAUUUCCAAACUGCCAAAUUCUUUGAAGGAGAUAUACUUCUUCUAUAUCCUGUGUCCCAGCAAUGUAACUAAGUAUCUUUUACUAAUCCCUCAGUAGCAAUAAAAAUGGUACAAAAGAAAACUUUUUAAAUUAUGUAAGUGAAAAUGAUUUCACCGUGUUAACAUCAUUGGUAACCAGAAAUAGAAACCGAUCACCAAGUAUAGUG